AUGGGCCGCCGGUGCGCCCUGGCCCUCGCCGUGGUCUCGGCCCUGCUGUGCCAGGUCUGGAGCUCGGGGGUGUUCGAGCUGAAGCUGCAGGAGUUCGUCAACAAGAAGGGGCUGCUGGGCAACCGCAACUGCUGCCGCGGGGGCGCAGGGCCGCCGCCGUGCGCCUGCAGGACCUUCUUCCGCGUCUGCCUCAAGCACUACCAGGCUAGCGUGUCCCCGGAGCCGCCCUGCACCUACGGCAGCGCGGUCACGCCGGUGCUAGGCGUCGACUCCUUCAGCCUGCCCGAUGGCGCGGGCGCCGACCCCGCCUUCAGCAACCCCAUCCGCUUCCCGUUGGGCUUCACCUGGCCGGGCACCUUCUCUCUGAUCAUUGAAGCUCUGCAUACAGAUUCUCCUGACGACCUUGCAACAGAAAACCCAGAGAGACUCAUCAGCCGCCUGGCCACGCAGCGGCACCUGACUGUGGGUGAGGAGUGGUCCCAGGACCUGCACAGCAGUGGCCGAACGGACCUCAAGUACUCCUACCGCUUCGUGUGUGACGAGCACUACUACGGGGAGGGCUGCUCCGUCUUCUGCCGCCCCCGGGACGACGCCUUUGGCCACUUCACCUGCGGGGAGAGGGGGGAAAAAGUGUGUAACCCUGGCUGGAAAGGCCAGUACUGCACUGAAGCAAUCUGCCUGCCUGGGUGUGACGAGCAGCACGGCUUCUGUGACAGGCCGGGGGAGUGCAAGUGCAGAGUGGGCUGGCAGGGCCGGUACUGUGACCAGUGCAUCCGCUACCCCGGCUGUCUCCACGGCACCUGCCAGCAGCCUUGGCAGUGCACCUGUCAGGAAGGCUGGGGGGGCCUGUUCUGCAACCAGGACCUCAACUACUGCACCCACCACAAGCCCUGCAAGAACGGGGCCACCUGCACCAACACGGGCCAGGGGAGCUACACCUGCUCGUGCCGGCCUGGCUACACGGGAGCCACCUGUGAGGCCGAGGUGGACGAGUGUGGCACCGGCCCCUGCCGGAACGGGGGCAGCUGCACGGAUCUUGAGAACAGCUACUCCUGCACCUGUGCACCCGGCUUCUACGGCAGAGCCUGUGAGCUGAGCGCCAUGGCCUGCGCGGACGGCCCUUGCUUCAACGGGGGGCGGUGCUCAGACAACCCCGAGGGUGGCUACACCUGCCGCUGCCCUGCGGGCUUCUCCGGCUUCAACUGCGAGAAGAAGGUGGACCCCUGCAGCUCCGCACCCUGUUCUAACGGCGCCCAGUGUGUGGACCUCGGCGACGCCUACCUGUGCCGCUGCCGCAGCGGCUUCUCCGGGCGACACUGUGAGGACAACGUGGACGACUGCGCCUCCUCCCCGUGUGCCAACGGGGGCACCUGCCGGGACGGCGUGAACGAGUUCUCCUGCACCUGCCCCCCCGGGUACACGGGCAGGAACUGCAGUGCCCCGGUCAGCAGGUGCGAGCACGCGCCCUGCCACAACGGCGCCACCUGUCACGAGCGGGCCCACCGCUACCUGUGUGAGUGCGCCCGCGGCUACGGGGGCCCCAACUGCCAGUUCCUGCUCCCCGAGCCGCCCCCGGUGCCCGUGGUGGUGGACCUCACCGAGAAGUACGUGGAGGGCCAGGCUGGGCCGUUCCCCUGGGCGGCCGUCGGCGCCGGCGUGGUGCUGGUCCUCGUGCUGCUGCUGGGCUGCGCCGCUGUGGUCGUCUGCGUGCGGCUGAGGCUGCGGAAGGGCCGGCCCCCCCCCGACCCCGGCCACGGGGAGACGGAGACCAUGAACAACCUGGCCAGCUGCCAGCGUGAGAAGGGCCUCUCCGUCAGCGUCAUCGGGGCCACGCAGAUCAAGAACACCAACAAGAAGGUGGACUUCCACGGGGACCACGGCACCGACAAGAACGGCCUCAAGGCCCGCUACCCCGGGGUGGACUAUAACCUGGUGCAGGAGCUCAAGGGAGACGCCGCCGCCAGGGACCCCCACAGCCAGCGGGACACCACGUGCCCGUCCCAGGGCUCUGCAGGGGAGGAGAAGGGCACCCCGACGCUCAGGGGCGGAGAGGCCCCCGAGAGGAGGCGGCGGGACUCUGUGUACUCCACUUCGAAAGACACCAAGUACCAGUCGGUGUACGUCAUAUCCGAGAAGGACGAGUGUGUCAUAGCCACUGAGGUGUAGAAUUGAGGUGACAUGGCAGAACCCCCGUUUCUCUUAAAAUAAAUAGAAUUCCAAGGAUCUAUGCCCCAAGGGAUGCUGCUGAGAGGGAAGGA